AACUAAACUUUAGACAUCUGUUCUAUGCCAAGGGCAUAGGAUAGAGAGCUCCUGAAAAUGCCUGGAUAUGGUUUACAGGGGUUUCCUCCAGAAUUUAAGAAAAAAUAUCGGCGACAAAUAUUAGAAGAACCCACAGAAUGGGACAAAGUUGGGAAAAUGCAUUUGUUCUUUGGUGACAUUAGAACUAAUACAACCAAAAAAAUGUACAUUCUUGGCAAAGCCGGAUUUAUAUAUGGGGUGUAUUUCUCAGUGGCAGACUGCUACCUGUUACCCCAUCCCAAAAAUCCUGGAUCUCGUACUGCACGCUAUUUUGCACAACUGUUGGCAAGAAAUGUACCUUUGUCAAUGUUUUCUACAUUAUUCUUUGGAGCUUCAUGGUAUGCCUGGAAUACAUACUUUGACAGAGAUAAUUUAUAUGGGGUGUUUUUUGCUGCCAAUGCCACCUGGGCUGUAGUAAAAGGCCCCAUCUUGAAGAAAUACAAAAAGAUGCACAUCUUUUGGCCAAUGGCUUUUUUAAUGGGACUCAUUCACGUCAGUGGUUAUGAGAAAACUGUCCCAACUUGGCCAUCAGGUACAGCCGUGCAGUUUUGCAAUCCAAGGCAUUACGAACAAGAUCUCUUUGGAAAUAAGAUAAGACCAAUGCCCGGAGUUUCCUAUGAUAUUGACUGAAAUGGAUAUGAUUUUAUCAAAGAUGACAAUACUAUGAACUUUCAAGUACAUUUUUUUCUGGUGUUUUCUCAUUUGAAUGUACAUAUAAUUUUAGAGAUUGAGAAAUUAAAUGAGUAACACAUUAAAUUUAAUUAUCUUA